AUGCUCGCAUCCAUCUGGAGUUCCAAGGAGCUGGGCCUCCCAGCUGCAACCUUCACGCUUGUUGCUGUCGUUGGUACUGUUGCUUCACCUCUGUAUGCAGGCUACAUUGUCCAGUCGAGAGGCUGGUAUGGGAUCGAGUACACCCAGCUUAUAAUCAACGGCGAUAUCUUUAUUCUGGAUCUCAUCUUUCUGUGCGAGACGCGCAGCUCGGUGCUGCUUACUCGCAAAGCCAAGAAGCUUCGCAAGGAGAUGGGAUCCAACAGAUACCGCUCACCGGCGGAGCUGGAAACGUCUAGCGCAAAUAGUAUGCUGCACGCCAGCACGGUCAGGGCUGCAAUGCUGUCACUCGCCUACGUGUGGUCUCUGAUCUUCCCCUUUUCCGCACCAAUCCGAUUGCCUUGGAAAAGAUCGGUGGCUGGAGCGUCAGUAAUGGCGGCGUGGCGCACAUCGGACCCAUCAUCGGCUCCUUCAUCGCGUUUGGCUUUCCUCUUCCACGAUGCCCAUCUUUAUGCGGAGACACAGAGGAAGAACAAUGGCGUUGCUGAGCCGAAAGCCAGGCUCUUCUAUGGCGUUGCAGACGGCGUCAUCUGCACAGUUGGAAUGCUCGUUUUCACAUUCACGGAAGGGUACGCUUGGGUUCAUUGGAUCGCGCCGGUAAUCGGCCUCUCCCUCGACUUAAUCGGCGUCAGCUUCAUCUUCAACUCGGUGCAGGACUACUUGUUGGAAGGUGACGGGGAAUACGCAUCAUCUGCUACUUCGGCCGAAGGCUUUGUCCGUAAUGAAAUGGCUACAUCGUUCCCGCUGUACACGACGCAGAUGUUCGACAAAUCGGGCCUCCAAUACGGCGGCCUCCUCCUCUCCCUCCUACUCGUUUGA